AUGGGCUACGAGAUAUUUUGCAUUCGCCUAGGGAGCGUGCAUGUGAUAGCUGUUACCUCUCCAGAGAUUGCAUGCGAGUUCCUGAAGAAACAAGAUGAAAAUUUUAUGGCACGUCCUACGUUCCUAUCAGCUGAGCUAGCGAGCGGUGGAUUUUCCGGGACGAUCUUUACGACAGUUGGUGACCAGUGGAGAAAGAUGAAACGUGUAAUGGUCUCUAACAUCCUCUCUUCGGAAACUUUCCAUUGGAUGCACGACAAAAGAGCAGAGGAGGCUGAUCAUCUCGUUAACUAUGUCUACAAUGUUAGCCAGAGCAAUGCGGACGGUGUAGUCAACGUUAGGGUUGUAACACAACACUUAGAGAUUUUUUGGGAAAGGCACUGA